CUGGGGUUGUACACACGUAAUAUAGCGAAGUGAUGAAGAAUGAGUUCCUGGGGAAAUAUCUAUUGAGAAAUUAAAUUCCACACAGCAAAAAGAAUAAAUAAGAGCCCUCAGCCCUCCCCGGUUUAGCGAUCUGGGAAAAUAUCACUGCGUUAUCAUGGAACACAUUACGACACCAAAGGUGGAAUAUGUAAAGCUACUAGACAGAUACACAAAUAAGAAACCAGCCACUGGGACACUGUACCUGACUGCAACCCACCUCAUCUAUGUAGAGACCUCUUCAGAUGUCCGUAAAGAAACAUGGAUAUUACAUCACCAUAUAGCCACCGUGGAGAAGCUUCCCCUAACUACAACAGGAUGCCCACUUCUCAUUCACUGUAAAAAUUUCUGUGUUCUGCACUUUGUCUUUCCCCGGGAACGAGACUGCCAGGAGGUGUCAAUGUCUCUAAUACGACUGUCACAACCAGCAAAGCCAGAAGAGCUCUAUGCUUUCUUGUAUAACCCAAAGCAGAAUGAAAAGGACAGAGAAAUUGGCUGGGCCACUGUUGACUUAAAAGCAGAGUUCAAGAGAAUGGGAGUACCCAAUGAAUAUUGGGAGAUAACUGACCUCAACAAGAACUAUGGGAUUUGCAGUACCUAUCCAACGGAAUUGGCUGUUCCUAAAACAGCAGGCAAGCUUACAGUUGUGGGGAGUUCAAAGUUCAGGAGCAGAGGAAGGUUUCCUGUGCUCUCCUACAUUUACGACAACAGUGCUGCUAUCUGCAGGUGUAGCCAGCCUCUAUCAGGGUUCAGUGCCCGCUGUGUAGAAGAUGAGCAGAUGCUACAGGCCAUCAGCAAGGCUAAUCCCAAAUGCUCCUUCAUGUAUGUUGUGGACACAAGGCCAAAGUUAAAUGCAAUGGCUAAUAGAGCAGCUGGAAAGGGAUAUGAAAAUGAGGAUAAUUACUCCAACAUUCGAUUCCAGUUUGUUGGCAUUGAGAACAUACAUGUAAUGAGGAACAGUCUUCAGAAGCUUCUAGAAGUAUGUGAAAUGAAAACUCCAACAAUGAGUGACUACUUGACAGGCCUGGAAAAUUCUGGAUGGCUACGUCAUAUUAAAGCUGUAAUGGAUGCUGGAGUUUUCUUGGCAAAGGCCAUGACAGAGGAAAAGGCGAGCGUGCUGGUGCACUGCUCUGAUGGGUGGGACCGUACAGCCCAGGUGUGCUCCCUGGCUGGCAUUUUACUGGAUCCCUACUACAGGACCAUUAAGGGCCUAAUGGUUUUAAUAGAAAAGGAAUGGAUAUCUAUGGGCCAUAAAUUUUCACAGAGGUGUGCACAUUUAGAAGGUGAUCCCAAAGAAGUGUCUCCAGUCUUUACUCAAUUUAUAGAGUGCCUCUGGCAACUGAUGGAGCAGUUCCCCUGUGCUUUUGAGUUCAACGAGAGAUACCUGAUUGAAAUCCAUGAUCACGUGUACUCCUGCCAGUUCGGGAACUUCAUUGGCAACUGCCAGAAAGAAAGAGAAGAUCUGAAGCUUCAGGAAAGAACCUAUUCUGUGUGGCCCUUUCUUUUGGAGAAAACGGAACAAUACCUUAACCCAAUUUAUAAAGGCCCUUCAGCAUUUGGUGUGCUCAGACCAAACACACUGCCUUUCAACUUCAAGUUUUGGUGUGCCAUGUAUAACCGGUUUGAUAAGGGGAUGCAUCCGAAGCAGUCAGUUUUGGAUUACUUACUUUCACUCACUCACCAAAAAACAGAUGGUGAAAAGAGCCUAAAUGAGCUUGAAAAUAAGCUAGCAUCUGUUCCUGGAGUCAUGCCAGAUGAAGCCAGUGUUUGUUCUAACAGUGUCUCAGUUGGUCAGCCUUUCUCCCCAGCCAAUCUCAGUGUCUCCAAGAACUGUGCAGGGGUACAGAGAGCUUCACUGACCAAUGGUACGGCUGAGGAACAGGAGGCAGUUUCUUCUGAAGACGACCCAGCUCCUGAACCUCACCCGUUAGUCACCAACAGUGAAACUGAACUUCCUGAAAACUCAGCUGAUAAGCCGACAGAAUAUUCCUGUAGAAUUUCAAAUGAUGCCGUAGAGGAAUAGUUUUAGUAGAGUGCUUUGGAAAAAUGAUAAACCCUGUUUUUGAGCAGGCCCAGGUUAAGAAUUGAAUUGCUUCCUGAGAGGGAAAAUUUUAUUCAAUUUGAGCUGACUGACUUCAGAGGAUCCCAUCAAAACAAGUGAUGUUGGUUGCUGCAGUUAACUAGUUUCAACUUUCAAACAUUUAAAAAUAUUUACAUUUUGUAUAGUUUGGGAAAUAAUAAAUGACGAUAACCUGUCGUAUAACAUUUUCAUGAAUCAACUAUGUAUGAGCCAGCAUUCCCUUUCAGGUGAUUCUGGAAUAUUCCGGACAUUGUUUAUUUCUCUUCUGAAGGUAUCAAAGGUUAUUGGUUGACUUACAUUAAUGUUCUGGAAUGAAUUACCAUUUUUCAGAUACAUUUGUCAGCCAACAAUUUCCUCUAGCUGAGAAAUAUUGCAGUUGCUGUAUGGAGAGAUUUGAAAUCGUUAUAAUAACAGUUUAUCAGAGGAACAGCAGGAGAUAGCACUGAAGCAAUGGGCUCCUGUAAGAAAAAAUAAGUUGUAUUAAAGAUAUUUUUGUUUCAGUGUAGAAUAAUAUAGUUUCCAUCAUAGUUGUAUUGUAAUGAUAACCAUUGGAAAGACAAUUCUGGUAGCACAGAUAAUAUCUUUUUAAAUAAAGGGAAUACAUUCCAAAUAUUAGGACCAAAAAUGAAUGGAUGUUUAUGAUUGUAUGAAAUCUCAAAAUCAUAAUGCCAGUACUCAUACAUACAGGAGUAAAAAGCUUGAGUGGACUAUUUUAACAUUUUUCUGCAUGUCUUUAUUAAACAAGCAGUCUUGUUUAAUGAUUCCAUGAAUGGGUUUGUUUUCACUUUUAAUUUUUCUCAUUAUAAGCAAGUGGCUUGAUUACUGCAACAGAAUUAGCAGUGCUAUGCAAAAUCUUUAGUCUCUUUGCUGAUGCAUUUGGAGUUGGAAUGUCUGCCUUUAAGGGCAUUUUAGUUUCCGUGGGAGACAUUGUUCUUGCAAUUUCAUCUUUGCAGAGCAAAAGUAGCAUUCCAUGACCGCAAAAUAUUAUGCAAUAUCACCUUUACAUAUGUCUAUAAAUUAGGUAUGCUUGUAUUCUAGUUUGCACACAUAUUGUUUGGGUACUACCAGAGUGUUACGGUCGUUCAUUUUUGUCUCUGGUUUAACUAGUGAAGACUAAUCUUAACAUAACACUGUGUUUCUUUUAUUGAGUUAUGUGUAGUCAUUCAGAGUAAAAAUAAAGUGGGAUCUUCCUCCUUAGUGUGAGAGCAUUCCAAAUGGAUGGAUAUACUGCUACAUCCUCAGAUGUACUGUCUCGGACAUCAAAGGCAUAAGGAAUGAACUUAUCCUCAACACGGGUGUUUAUUGGUACAUACUGUUAGGUGCCAGUAGGUGUUGCAGAAAUGUUGAUCAAGCAGGACUGAUUCUGGCACUUCCUGAAUGAUUAUGUAUUUUGACAUUUAUUUUUUAUUAUUAAUCUACUCCAUUUGAAGUUCUUAAACAUAAUUGAAAUAUUCUAAUCACUGUACAAAACCUAGUUGUAAAAUAGUUGUUCAUUUUUGUGUUUUUUUUUACUAUUUGCACUUUCAUGAAUUAAAAUUUCUUUAUAAAUAACAGUAAAUUAGUCUGCUACUCUAAAUUAUUUUAAAAAUGAGCCUAUAAGACUAAGGUCAAAGCCUUUUCUUGUUAUUGUUGAUUUGCUUUUUAACACAUCAUUCAAUUUGUCCCUUUAUUUUACAUGGUUUUUAGUCAUUUCACAUGUAUUGGAUAUUUUUAAAUGGAAGCCAAUAAAGUUUAGAAUUUAUAUGGAUCUUUACUGUCUCGAUGUAGGCUAUAAAAGCAGGAGACAUUUGUGAAUUCUUAAAUAUUGUAGACCAGUAAUCUGGCUUCAUGUUUGUUUUUUUUUUCAGCUAUUCUUUUGUAUCAUUGCAGGGCUCUGCCUUUAACCUUUACCCUAAUAUUACUUUUUAAAAAUCAUACUUUUAGUAUAGUUUUUCUUUUCAUCAUGUGUCAUUAUUGAUUUUUAAAAAUCCAGUUCUCAGAGUCCUAGAGGAAUACUAGCUUUCAGAACUUUAAGACUCAUCUUCAUCGGGAAAACAAAAUGCAAAACACAGUAUUACAUUUCAGAGAGUGACAGAUAUGUAAAAAAGCCUCACUUUGCCUAGGCAAUGAUAUAUAUUGAGUUGAAAAUAUGACAUUUCAACAUUUCUGUUGCUGACAAGUUUUGUAAAUCAAUUUAUUUUUCUGUAUACACGUAUUUUUGCUUACCACCAUAUGUCUUAAAUUUGAGUGCCCUGACUAUACGAUUUUAAUGUGUGUUUAAUACCUAUUGAUUCUAAUGUUAGACAUUAUAAUGACAUUAUAACCUGCAGUUUUUUUUUUCAAGCAGCAUUGAUUCUUUGUUAACAUUUCUAAAGCACAUUUCUGGGUUUAGUUGUGUCCGUGAAGGUGGUAUUUUGAAUUGGUUACAGUUUUUUUGUCUUCCAUAUUUAAAGCAAUUCCUAAUUUUUACUUUGUGUUGAAAAAUAAGGGCUUGACAAAGUGAUUGUUUUAGGUCAUCUUAUUUUUUAUCUGACAGUAUUAGAUUGAGCUUGGAAGGACUCCAUGGAGUUCUUCCAAUAAAAGGAGGUGUUUGAGAUUAAAAAAGAUCAAACAGUCUGAUAGCAUUUAGAAACCUGGAGGAGCUCUGUGAAACCAUGUAAAUGAUAUUAUUUUGGGUAAAGAGGAUGAAAGAAAACAACUAUUACAAAUUCAUGUUAACAACAGGCAAACUUAGUGUUUCUCCAUAUUAACCUUGUGUGUUUGUACUGCUAUGAAUGUUGUCUAUAUAGACAGAAUAGGUAUGGAUAGUGUCAAAAAUGAUCUUUUUAACUGUUUUGGUAUACUGCACUCUCUGAGAACAUUGCAUCCCAUUCUGAUACUACUGUUGUGAUGGAUUCUGUUGCCAUUUUGUGAAAGAAUUCUAGUUUUAAAACUGCUAUGUGAUGUUCUAUAGACAGUAUAACACAUACUGGUGUCUUUCUUUGAGCUCCUAUCAAAGGGAACAAUUGCCCACUCACUAUGUAAAUUUAAACUUCAUAGUAUUUUUUUCAUUUUUUUUUUACGUUUCACAGUUGUAAUGUUAAGGAUUACAUUUCCUAUAUAUGCACUGUCGCCACACUUUUGUACUGUAUUUGAUAAAUAGUCUGUUUGAUUUAAAAAAAACAUCUGUUUUGUUUUAAUUAUUUAAAGAGGUGUAUUUGUAAAGCAGUGCCAUUUUUUCAAAGUAUAAAU